CUCCUGGCAGGGCUCUCCUCUCCCCAGCUGGCAGGGCUACUGCCCGGCGCCCGCCUUGGGGCAUCCCUGGGCCUCGCAGAAGGGGCGGGGCCCCGAGGUUGCCUUCCGAGGCCACGCCCACCUACCUGGCCAAUGGGCGUGGCGCGUCUCGCUAGCCGCCAGGGAGACAGCCAACCGGAGGCAGCCCAGCCUUCCUUCCUUCCCUCCCUCCCUCCCUCCUUGUUUACCGUCUCCUUGGAAACGGAGCAGCCUGGCGAGGAAAGGAUGGAGCUGGACGGCCGGACCACCCCCAUCCCCCCUAGCCCUCCUCCUUCCUCCCCUGUCCGACACCCCCGCCCCCCUCCCCCUCCCCUGGCCGAGGACCAAGGCGGUGGCGGUGAUGCCAACGCUGGGGAGCCGCCCCCUGCCCUUCGCCCCGAGGAGAAUGGAGAUGAGGAGGGGGCGGGGGGCGCCUGUGCGGAGGAGGGGGGCCCUUCCUCGGAGCCCCCCGGGAACCUGAGCUCCUCGCCGCGCUUCCUGGACCUCCCCUUGGGGACGGGGGCCCUGGGCAGCCCCAUGGACUCGGAGGCCACCAAGGAGACCCCCGACCAGGCCCCGGCUCUGACCCCGUGUGCCCCCCCACCUCCGGAUCCCCAGGACGGACCCGCACUGCCGAGAGGGAAAUGCCUCCUGGGCAACUGGCAGGAAGAG